CCGUCCGCUGCCUCCGCCCGCGGGGCCCCGCCGGACAUGGAGCCGGGACGGGCCGCCUGGAUGCUCCUGCUGCCGCUGCUGCCGCUGCUCCUGCUGCUGCCGGCCCUGCCCGCGGCCGCGCCGGGGGACUUCGACCCCUACCGCGUGCUGGGGGUCGGCCGCGGCUCCAGCCAGGCCGACAUCAAGAAGGCCUACAAGCGGCUCGCCCGGGAAUGGCACCCUGACAAAAACAAGGACCCAGGAGCAGAAGACAAAUUCAUCCAGAUUAGCAAGGCCUACGAGAUUCUCUCCAACGAGGAAAAGAGGGCAAACUUCGAUCGCUAUGGAGAUGCUGGGGAGAGCCAGGGCUUCUCUCAGCACCAGCAUCGCCAGUUCCAUCGCUUCCACGACGGCUUCUAUUUCGACGAGUCCUUCUUCCACUUCCCUUUCAAUUCCGAGAGACGCGACACCUCUGACGAGAAGUAUUUGCUCCACUUUUCCCACUACAUCAAUGAAAUCGUGCCGGACAGUUUCAAGAAACCUUACCUCAUCAAAAUCACCUCGGACUGGUGCUUCAGCUGCAUCCACAUCGAGCCCGUGUGGAAGGAAGUCGCUCAGGAAUUGGAGGCGCUGGGAGUGGGGAUCGGCGUCGUGCACGCGGGGUACGAGCGGCGCCUCGCCCACCACCUGGGUGCCCACAGCACUCCCACCCUGCUGGGGCUCAUUAACGGGAAAAUAACCUUCUUCCACAACGCUGUCAUUCGGGAAAACCUGCGGCAAUUCGUGGAGAACCUUCUGCCAGGGAAUCUUGUCGAAAAGAUUACAGAUAAAAACUACAUCCGCUUUCUCUCUGACUGGAGGAAGGACAACAAGCCCCACGUCCUGCUGUUCGAUCACAUGCCAGUUGUGCCAUUACUAUACAAGCUGACUGCCUUUGCCUACCGAGACUACCUGUCCUUUGGGUAUGUGUACGUCGGGCUCCGAGGCACUGAAGAGUUGUCCAGUCAGUACAACAUCAACGUCUACAGUCCCACCAUGAUGGUCUUCAAGGAGCACAUCGACCGGCCCGCUGACAUUGUGCAGGCACGAGAGAUGAAGAAGCAGCUCAUUGAUGACUUCCUUUCUCAGAAUAAGUUCCUCAUGGUGGCCAGACUCACCAACCAGAGGCUGUUCCAGGAGCUGUGUCCCGUCAAGAAGUCUCACCGACAGCGGAAGCACUGCGUGGUCUUGCUUACUGGAGAAGGAGAGAAGUUUGCUGAGGCUUAUGAGGCCUUUUUGACUUUUGCUGUGGCCAACACAAAAGACACACUGAAGUUUGUGUACAUCUAUAACGAACGGCAGCCGGAAUUUGCAGACGCCUUGCUGAUGGAUGAUGAGAAGUAUCGGGGAAGAUCAGCUGUGGUCAUUCUGGAGAGGCGCAAUAACGCGGGGAAGAUUGCCUACAAAGCCUUGGAGGAGGCCUGGCAAGGCAGCAAGGAGGACAACUUCAUCCUCCUGGAUCUCCUGGACCAGCUGAGGACGGACCCUGGCCUUCUGUCAUCAGAGACUGUCGUGGCAGACCUGAAUGAUGAGCUCGCUCCUGUGUUCGUUAUCCGGUGGCUCUACUCCACGCUGGACUACAUCUCAGACAGCUGGGACAGUUUGUUUCACAGUAACUGGCGAGAAAUGAUGCCGCUGCUGUCCUUGCUCUUCUCCGCGCUCUUCAUUCUCUUUGGCACCGUUAUUGUUCAGGCUUUCAGUGAUUCGAGCGACACAAGGGACUCUCAGCCCUCGGAGAAAGAAGAAACCGCCACAAAGACGGAAAAGAACGACGUGAGCUUCAGCAAAGAGAGUAACAGCAGGAUUCCCAAAAAGGGCUUUGUUGAGGUGACUGAGCUGACGGACAUCAACUACACCAGUAACUUGGUGCGCCUGAGGCCGGGCCACAUGAACGUCGUCUUGAUCCUGUCCAACUCGACCAAAACCCCCCUGCUCCAGAAGUUCGCCCUGGAAGUCUACACAUUUACAGGGAGCAGCUCUCUUCAUUUCUCCUUCCUCAGCCUGGACAAGCACCGAGAGUGGCUGGAGUACCUGCUGGAGUUUGCACAGGAUGCAGCCCCCAUCCCAAACCAGUAUGACAAGCAUUUCCUGGAGCGCGACUACACGGGCUAUGUCCUGGCUCUAAACGGCCACAAGAAAUAUUUCUGCCUCUUUAAGCCUCACAGAUCAGGGGACGAGGGGGGAACCCUGGGGUCGUGCGAGGAUUACGAUGCCUCACUACACGCGGAAGCCAGAGGGAAACCCUCCUGCAGCCCAGGAUCUAGAUCCAUUAAAAACAAAUUACACAAAUUGUCCUUCUGGAUGGAACGCCUCCUGGAGGGUUCCUUACAGAGGUUCUACAUCCCCUCGUGGCCCGCGUUAGACUGAGGGAUUUUACAGAGAUUCUAAGGGACAAACUUUUUAUGAAGAUGACAAAGGACAGCUCUUUCCAGGAAUACACAAACAAGCGUGAUGAAUGGACCUUAGGUUUUAGAUGAACCCUCCUGGGGCCGGAGACUAAAACAUAUCUCCCCACGUCCGGAGCCCGGGAGCGCAGCCAAGCACACCCACAUGCCCUCCACUGACCCAUCGUGCGCUUGGACGCCGUCCUACCGAAGAGCCAAGAAAUCUGUUUUUCCCUUCUUGUCCCGCCACAUCUGCUUCCCAAGUCACCCCUGUUCCAUCUCUUGUUUUACCUCAGUUGAAGAAAAACCCUGUGACUUCUCUCAGCCCGCGGCCAGUGGUGCAGGUCGGGUCUCGGUUCUCUCUCUCCCUGUCCCCGUGUGCUUAGCCCAUGGUGCAGUGCAUGGUGUAACACUGGCAAGACCCUGCAGACCCUCCCAGGCCCUGCCCUUUCAAAAGGCCUCCUCCUGCCAGGCAGUUGUACUUCCUUGGCUUUCCCCGUGGUAAGUGAUGUAGAGUCCGGUCAGGAUCAUCUCCCUUGUAGCAAAUCUGUAGCUGGGACUCACCUGUGGUGCGGGCUCGUGGGUGAUCUGCAUGUUUCGUGCUCCUCGUGUCCUAGUUCCACGUGCAGCUUCACCGGCUGAACCGUAACUGGGAAGGAAAAGGGUUUUGCACGGCCGUAAAUACUGUCGAAGUGUUGAGCCAUUUAAAUGUCACGUUGAUUUUUCAGAUGCCUUUUCUGCUUCUGUCGAUUUUAGACGAUGUAUCCUAGAGCCAUAACUUUACCUGCGUCCUCAGAUUGUAGGCGUAAGCUGCUAUGAGCCAGUAGAUGUGUAAAAGAACCUCUACGUAGCUGCCAGGGAGUCACCUGGGCUCCUUGCAAACACCCUUCCAGCUGUAGUACAAACCAACCUUCCUUUGUAUCAAGGAACCUCAUCCUUCAACGAUUGUAUUCUUGAAAUGUUGCCCCAGAAGUGCUGUAUCAUCAGACCGUCGCGUGUGUGUGAAGCUCCUUUUGGUUUAGGUGUGGGGUUGAGGUGUUGGGUUUCAGCCUCUCGCCCGUUUCCACCUCUUGCCCAUUUCCUUCUUGCCCAAAACCUCUAUUUUUCCACACUCAGGCUGCUGCCUUGGCUUUAUGUUUGUUUGCUUGGAUUUUUUUAUUUUUUUUUGUCUUUUGGAAGUUGUAAGUCUGUGUGAGGCUAGAACAGGGUUUGGAUGGUGCUUUGCUGUAGCAGUGCCCCAACAGCCACUUCCAACACUGCUGGGAAAGGGUGGCCCUGGAUAAGGUGGAGGGAGGGCGAGCAGCAGCCUCAUGGCUGCUUAACCUUCUAGCAAUCAAGGGAGGCAGCAGGGCUUCUCGUUGUGGCCAGGACUGAAAUCCUGUGAGGCUUGUGCUUCCCUUUCGCUGCUCUGGGGCCGAUGCUGUCACCCAAGUCUCCUUCCAUGGAUCCCGUCACCGUCAGGCUCCAGCACUGCCAAAGUGCAAGGAUGGGAGCAGGUGGCCUUUGCCACAGGGCUCUGAACCUGACACAGAGCCCUCAGAGCACAUGGUGUUAAUUCCAAACUCAGCCCUUGCCACCUUAGUGACCAUCUUAGCAGAGCAGCCAGUCAGUAGGAAUACGUGCCAACCUCUGAGCCAGCUGCCGAUCCCAUGGGAAGAUGGGAAUGCUCGUCAUUGCACUGCCUACAUGCCCUAGUUGCUCCCAAAGCCUUGCCUCACUGCAUUCCUCCCAUCCUGGGAGCAGACUGGUGUGCUCUGAACCCUGCAGGUACCUCAGACCCCUGUAAAAUGUACUUCAGAUAAAGGCUACCAACUAACCCUAUGUGAGGUUAAUUAAUUCCAGCCCGGCAGACUCUGUGCCCCAGAAAGUAGAGGGAAGGAAGGAAGGAAGGAAGGCGAGGUCUUCUCCCUGCCCAGGAACUCUGAGGUGCACAAAAACUGCUGAAGGAGAGCAGAGGGGGAACAAAACACCAGCCUGAUGCUUCUAGACUUCAUUUUCACUUGGCUGGAGCGAUUGCUGUCUACUCCUGUGCUUUUCCCAUGCAGGAUGUGGCUGGAAUAUGUUUUAGCCCACCAGAAGGCUCCACAUAACUUCUUCAACAUUUGCAAAAGCAAAAGAAUAUUCUCUGGGUCUCUGCUAUCUCUUCAUCUGGUCAGAAUCCAGUAGAAAAGCCUCAAUCCAUGAAAAAAAGUGCCUAGUUGUGCUACAGCAAGGGAAUUCAGCCCUGCCCCGAGGAAAGAGAGAAGGCUUUACAGCCUUCAAAUUCUGCCAGAGUCCUUUUUUAUUUUCUUUUUAGCACAGGUAACCUCCCCUUUCAGCCAGAGUCGAGUUGAAGGAGCGCUUGCAGCAGUCCACCUUGCUGGGUUUGGCUGGAUGGGAGCACAGCCCCUGGUUUCUGUUUUAUGGAAACCCUUUUUCCUGGGUUGAAGCGAAUGCCAAGCUGCUCUAACCCCUGGUUUAGUAGGUUUUAGUGCCAGCGUGGCGCUCCAGGUAUUUGCUGUCUUGGAGAGCAGGGUCAGAGCUGCUCAUCCC